UUCAUUCACCCGGCACCACCGGGCUGCCCUGUGCUGUUGACAUUGCUCUCAUUGCUCUCACUGCCCAUUGCUCGCUCGCUCCGGAUCGGUCCUGUCCACAACAUCGCGCACCGCACCGCACCGCACCGCACCACAGCACACCGCACCUCCCCCUCCCCCUCAACAAGCCGAUCGAAGGUAGGCGCUUUCCCAGCCACCUUCACACCGUCGCCCACCCCAAUCCAACCCACCUUGCAACCUCUGCGCAUCGCCAUCGACCCAAACUCUAUUUGCACAUCGCAACUACCUAUUGUUGCGCAAACGCUCACAGGCGCCCAACCUGUGCUCCGACAUCCCAUCUGCCCGACGCGAUCCCUUCCUUUUCAUCUAAAGACCCCGCAAAACACACACAACCUGGUCGUCAUGGCUUCCUCCGCUCGCAAGAGGCCAAGACAGGAGCCCGAGGAUAACCGGGCCGAGUGCCCAUUCAAGAUCGACGUCGUCAACCCAGAUGACAAGGAUAGCAAGAGAAAGUCAAAGAAGCGCAAGACCGAGGGUGAGGAUGAGGAUGCCACGGCCAAGGUCAACCUCCAGAUGUCGCCCUUCGCGCCCUGCGGCAAGUUCAAGAAACAUGAGACGAUGGACUUGUACUUCAAGGUCAGCCCUCCGAAGAAGUGGACCGACAUGACCAGGUACAACAGUUUUGUUCACGAGCGGUGUGGGCUAACGUUGCACCUCCGGCACAAAGUCAAUGGGGUGAAGUACUUUAGCGAGGGCUUCAUCUAUGUCGCCAAUGAUUCCAGUAUCGAACGGCAAAAGGCUGCCAAUGACAACAAGCCGAUGCAAAUCAGGAAGAAGUCAGAUGACGACUGGGUGGCGCGAAUUCUCGAGAUCCGCGCGAGCGACGAGCACCAUGUUUACGCUCGUAUUUACUGGAUGUACUGGCCAGACGAGCUUCCUGCAGGCACUCUUGACGGGAAGAAGUUUGUUCAAGGGAGGCAGCCAUACCAUGGAAUGAAUGAGUUGGUCGCGUCGAAUCACAUGGAUAUUAUCAAUGUGGUCAGUGUAACGUCUCAGGCGACGGUCAGGCAGUGGUUUGAGGAGAACGACGAGGAGAUUCAACACGCGCUUUACUGGCGACAAGCUUUUGACGUCAGGAGCUACGAACUCUCGUCUGUUGAUUUGGUUUGCCUAUGCAAUACCCCAGCGAACCCCGACAGGAAACUACUCGGAUGCACAGUGGAGGCGUGCAAGAAGUGGAUGCACGAAGAGUGUAUCAUUGAAGACGCUCUCCAGUCGACAUACAAGCGACUCGGUGCCGACAAGCCACACCUGCCCCCUGAGCCUAUCAAGAAGGCCGAGAGCGAAAUCGAAGGCCAGCGUCCGCUAAGCCCAUCCGAUACCGGCGCCGCCGUUUCUGCCCAACAUUCGAUCGACGUCAAGGCCGAAGCAGAGCCAGCACAGAAUGGGAGUGGCAACGUGGACGUUAAGCAAACAGAGGAGGAAGAUGGUCCUACUGCUCCCGAGGAUGCUGCACCCUCCUCAGGCCGUCGUUCAGCGAGCGCAGCCGCCGGCACAGGCACCCCCAGCACCAAGCUGGUUCUCAAAUCAGCGUCGGGUCGGAAGGGUGGGAAGCCGAAAAAGAAGGGGGAGGCAAACGGAGAGACCUCACGGCCAUGGGAGGGGCUCUUUGAAGUCACUCUCAACACAGAAAAGAACGGGCCCCCAGUGCUGGAGUUCAGAGACCUGCGGGAGGGCAUCGUUGGUGGCGAAAAGACGUGGACUGAGCCCGUCAAGUGCCUCCUCUGUGCAACAACGGUUAACUAG